AUGGCCAGUCCCGAUGGAUCGUCGGAUUUUCGGUUGGAGUACAUCGGCGCUUUCGUGCAGAAAUCGUUGAAACUGAAACCGGAAAAAUGGGGGAGAUUGCUGCUCACGGAGGAAUACAGGAACGCCGUGCACGAUUUCCUCGAUAAUCCUCUUCCGGCUGCGCUUUUCGUCGCUUUGACGCCGAACGCGCAAUUGGUGGCUUGCACCUCGUUUCCUGUACCGUGUCAAAGGACCAAAGGCAUUUACGCGGUGAAGGUGGAGCAUGUGCCAUUGCCCAAGGAGGAGGAAGCUUGUUCGUCGAUGCUGAUUCUAGGCGAUCUGUCUUCUCGGAUCGUCGAUCAAUUGGCCACUUUGGUCGACAAUGUGUUCGCUCCUCUGUUGAGCAAAGCGGAGAACCACAAGGAUCUGCCCGACGUCGCGAUCCAGGAUAUUUGUAGACACGUUCAUUCUCUUCGCGGUACCUUGUAUCAAGUGAAAGGUCAGGUGAACGGUAGGACCGUCCUCCCAAUGCCAGCCGGGAUGGAGAAGUUGACGGAAGUGGAGAAGCUGGUGCGAGCGGAUGGUCCCCAAGCCGUCGAUCUGUAUUUGAAGAGCGCGAUCGAGGGCGUGGUGAUAAAGUGGGCCUAUUUGGUGAACGACGUUGUCACACAGGAAUCCAGCGCCGCCUUCGAGAACGGCCAAAAUCCAACACCCGAUGUCGAACUCGAUUACUGGUCCGCCAGACUGGCUAAUUUAAGGUACAUUUACGAUCAAUUGCAAGAGGAUCGGGUGAGGAAAAUGGCGAGCAUUCUCGAAACGACGGACAGCGCUUAUUUCCCCUGUUUCCGCACCCUGUUCGACAACGUAGUGUCCUCGAUGGCCGAGGCGAAGGAGAUAUCCCUGUACCUGUCUCCGUUGGCCAAAUGUUUCAAAGCUGUGGAGGAGGUCGACUUCUCCGAGGCCAAGCCGUUAAUGGCCACGCUGAUACACUCGGUCGGUUUGGCCUGGUCGAAAUCCACCCACUAUCAAAGCUCCUCCAAGGUGAUCAUCAUGCUUCGACAGAUUUGCAACCUGUUGAUACAGGAGGCGCGCCGUUUCCUCGACCCGGCCUCCAUCUUCCAGAGCGACGUGGACGAGGCUGUUCAACGCGUGCAGAUAUGUCGAGGUUCGAAUUCCCUUCGUCCCUUUUCGAAUAAUAAUACAAGAGAAAAAUUAUUCUUCGCAGACGUGUUGGAAGAAUUUCGAAGGCAGUUCGAGGCGAGGAAAGACAUGCCAGCGAUGAAGCCGCACGCGCCACCCUGGACCUUCAAUCCGAGCGCUGUUUUCACCCGUUUCGACGCCUUUCUCAGACGAUUGAACGAUAUCGAGUGGUUGUUCAACACCGUGAUGGAAUUCUCCAAGUUGGAGAAAAUAGAAAUAGGCGGAAUCCAAGGCGGCUCCCUAAGCGCGAGGAUCACGAACGUGUACAAGGAGUUCCAGAAUCUGUUCGUCUGUUUCACGGUGCGCGCCAACGACGCCCUCGAGCCCGACGACCAAUCGUUCGCGGAGAAUUGUGCCAGGUUCAACGAGUCGAUCGCGGAUCUCGACAGCAAAUUGGCGGCCAUACUUUGCCAAGCUUUCGACGAAUGUGGAAAUCUCGAGAGCAUCUUCAAGUUGAUAAAUAUCGCGGGGACGGUUUUGGACAGGCCGGUGAUAAGCGAGCAAUUCACGAAUCGUUACUCGAGGAUCUUGGAUCUGUUGAACGUCGAGUUGACCGUGGUCGAGGUGCUGUUCAAUCGCGGGACCAGGGGCGCUCUGAUUAAUCUUCCGCCCCUGGCCGCGGCCUUGACAUUCAUCAACAUGCUCAGGCAACGGAUCGAUCUCCCCGUUCAAUCUUUCAAAGCCGUUCAACACCCAAUAGUGUGGAGCGAGGAGGGUCUGCGUAUAGAGAAACGUUACGAGAGAUUGAUCAAGAUCUUCGACGACAAGGAGGCCGAAUUGUUCAACGAAUGGGCGGCCACCGUACCCGAAACGGUCGAUAUCGGCCUGAAUCGCAAUAUUCUGUCCCGCGAGCCCGAUUCCACGAGCACGUUGACCCUCAACUUCGACCCCGAGCUUCUAGGCGUGUUGAAAGAAGUGAACUACUUGAAGCAAAUGUCCAGAUCGGACAUUCCGGAACACGCGAUAAAGGUGUCGGAGAACGUAGAAACGUUCCGCAAGUUCCGCGCGCUGUUGUGCGCGACAGUGUCCUCGUACAACAACAUCCGCAAGACGAGCAGGCAGGUCGAGUUUCAGCUGAUCGAGGACGAGAUAAACAGCAUCGAUUCGCUGGUGUCCCGCGGGGAGCUGGAGCUGAGAUGGAACUCGGACGGCGUCCUCGAGUACAUGGUCGAGUUGGGCGAGUUGGUGGAAGGGCUGUGGGGGAGGAUCAAAUCGAGCCAGACGAACGUGGAGAAGAUGAAAGCUGCGCUGGACGCCUGGACGAGGACGCCUCUGAUCGAGAGGAAGGAGCGUCGUAAGGACGCUUUAUUGUCGUUCGACGAGCGGCCGGAGAAAGUGUCGAGACGUUACGCCGAGGUGGAGAGGGCCGGCGAGCAGAUCCGUUCGUUGCUCGGGGAGAAUAGGCUGCUUUUUCAAGUUUCCGAGGGGAUGGAGGAUGCCUGGCAGAGAUACGUGGACUACGUCGAUGGGAUCGUGAUCGAGUCCCUUCGAAGGGCAGUGGGAUGCUCGUUAGGAUACUUGGUGGACAAUAUGGAGACGAACGGGCACACCGAGCCCUUGUUAGAGGCAAAAUUGGAGCUCAGAGAGCCGGAUCUCUAUUACGUGCCCUCAUUGGAGCCGGAUGAUCCGGAUGGGCUCGAUCAAUUGGUAUCGGCCCUGUUGGACGACAUCAUCGGUAUGGCUGCACUGGUGCCAAGGUUGAAAAAUAAUUCUAUAGGAUACGCCGAGGAGUUGGAGGAGGAUCCAGACAUAAGAGGGAUGAAAAAUGAGAUUAUGGGGAACGUUGUAACAGCGAUCGAGGAAGCCACGGAAUUCUGUAAUAAUUUCGAAGGAUACGCCUAUCUCUGGUUGGACGAUAGGGACACGGUGAUGCAACAGUUCCUCGAGUACAGCCGACAAUUGACGAUGGAGGAAAUGGAGAUGGUGGCCGUGCAGGAUCCCAAGGGGCCGACACGGUCACCGCCGAAAAUGGAGCAAUUCCGCGAGCAAAUCGACCUUUACGAGGGCCUCUAUCUCGAGAUCGAGGAAAUGGAACCGUCCAAAGUGUUUUGCGGCUGGUUCAGGGUAGACCUCAGACCCUUCAGGCACUCGGUGCUGAACAUGGUCUGCAAAUGGUCCAGCAUGUUCAAGAGACAUCUGGUCGAUCGCGUCACGACCAGCCUCUCGGAUUUGGGAUCGUUCAUAAGACGAGCGGACGAGGGUUUGCUUCAAUCGAUUCACCCGGGAGAUUACGCCAGACUCGUCAGCGUGAUGGGUUACCUUUUGCAAGUGAAGGAGAGGCAACCGACCACAGACGAGAUGUUCCAGCCUCUGGAAGAAACGAUCGAGUUGCUCAAAUUUUACGAUCAAGAUAUCCCCGAGGAGGUGAACGUUCUGCUCCAAGAAUUGCCCGAACAAUGGGCAAAUACGAAAAAAUUGGCGCUUAUGGUUAAACAACAAGUGGCUCCGUUGCAAGCAGGCGAGGUGUCCAGGAUACGAGGGCGAAUCUCGGCAUUCGACACGACGAUAAUUCACUACAGAGAGGCGUUUCGACGUUACAAUUUCUUCAGAUACGAGUGUCAAAAUCCUUACGAAUUAAUGGACGAAAGUCACAAGGAGAUUUCAAUGUUGGAACGGCAAAUGAAGGAUAUCCAAGACUCCGCUUCCCUGUUCGAGGUGAUGGUGUCAGAGUUCAAAGUGUUGAAACAAUGCAGAAAAGAGUUGAAGAUGUUGAAACAGCUCUGGGAUUACGUGAACAUAGUCAGAAGCUGCAUAGAGGGAUGGAAGACCACACCUUGGAGGAAAAUCGACGUGGAGAACAUGGACAUCGAGUGCAAGAAAUUCGCCAAGGAAAUACGAGCUCUGGACAAGGAAAUGAGAUCGUGGGACACUUUCAUUUCCUUGGAGGCAACUGUGAAGAAUAUGCUGACGUCGUUGAGAGCCGUGGCUGAGCUGCAGAACCCGGCCAUAAGGGAAAGGCAUUGGAGACAAUUGAUGAACAGCACCAAGGUAAAAUUCGUCAUGGACGAGUCCACCACGUUGGCCGAUCUUCUCGAGCUGAAUCUGCACGACUGCGAGGAGGAGGUGAAGAACAUCGUUGACAAAGCCGUGAAGGAGAUGUCAAUGGAGAGGUACAUGAAGGAAUUGAACGCCACCUGGUCGAAAAUGGAGUUCGAGAAAGAAGUUCACGCUCGAACCGGCGCCACCUUGAUAAGGGCCAGCGAGGAACUGAUCGAAACUCUGGAAGAAAAUCAGGUCCAGUUGCAAAAUCUCAUCACCUCCAAGUUCAUAGCUCAUUUUCUGGAAGAAGUGUCCAGUUGGCAGCGAAAGUUGAGCAUCGCUGAUCAAGUGAUCACGAUCUGGUUCGAGGUGCAACGAACCUGGACACAUCUGGAGAGCAUCUUCACCUCGUCCGAGGAUAUACGCAGACAAUUGCCCACGGACGCCGAGAGAUUCGACAAGAUAGACAAGGAAUUCAAGCAAAUGACGGAGGAGCUGGGGAGGACGUUGAACGUAGUUGAGGCGACGAAUAAAGAAGGGCUCGCGUCCUCCCUGGACAUCCUCGAAAAGGAAUUGGUCCUCUGCGAGAAAGCGUUGGCCGAGUACUUGGAGACGAAACGUUUGGCGUUCCCGAGGUUCUACUUCGUCUCGUCCAGCGAUCUGUUGGACAUCCUGUCGAAUGGAAAUCAGCCGGAGGUGGUGGCCAAGCAUCUGACGAAACUGUUCGAUUCCAUGGCCCGAUUGAAAUUCGAUGACGCGGCUGCACCCUCGCCGAGACGCGUAUCGGGUAUGUACGCGAAAGACGGGGAAUACGUGGAGUUCGCGAACUGCGAGAUGAGCUGCGAAGGAGCGGUGGAAGCAUGGUUGAACCGUUUGCAACGAGUGAUGAGGAUCACUAUGAGGCAUUACUUCAGCGAGGCGGUGGUAACGUACGAGGAAAAGGCUCGAGAGCAAUGGUUGUUCGACUAUCCGGCUCAGGUCUCCCUGUGCAGCACGCAAAUAUGGUGGACCACCGAGGUGAACAUCGCGUUUUCAAGAUUGGAGGAGGGGUACGAUAACUCGUUGAAGGAUUAUCUGAAGAAACAGAUCUCCCAAUUGAGCACAUUGAUCACGCUUCUGAUCGGAGAGCUGACGAAACAGGAGAGGCAGAAAGUGAUGACCAUCUGCACGAUAGACGUGCAUUCUAGAGACGUGGUGGCCAAACUGGUACAGUCCAAGGUGGAGACGUCGCAGGCGUUCCAAUGGCAGAGUCAACUCCGCCACCGUUGGGACGAGAAGGAGAAGGAUUGCUUCGCCAAUAUUUGCGACGCGCAGUUUAAAUACUCUCACGAAUAUCUGGGGAAUACGCCCAGGUUAGUCAUAACUCCACUGACAGACAGAUGUUACAUAACUCUGACUCAGUCCCUUCAUUUGAUCAUGGGUGGCGGGCCGGCGGGGCCCGCCGGAACCGGAAAAACAGAGACUACCAAGGAUCUGGGCAGAGCUCUGGGCAUAAUGGUGUACGUGUUCAACUGUUCGGAACAGAUGGACUACAAAUCGUGCGGCAACAUAUACAAAGGACUGGCGCAGACCGGCGCCUGGGGUUGUUUCGACGAGUUCAAUCGGAUCACGGUCGAGGUGUUGUCGGUGGUCGCUGUGCAGGUGAAAUCGAUUCAGGAUGCAAUCAGACACAAGAAGGAGAGAUUCAACUUCAUGGGUGAGAUUAUCGGUUUGGAGGCAACCGUUGGUAUAUUUAUCACGAUGAAUCCAGGCUACGCUGGCAGGACGGAAUUGCCCGAGAAUUUGAAAGCUCUGUUUCGGCCGUGCGCAAUGGUGGUGCCCGAUUUCGAGCUGAUCUGCGAGAUCAUGCUCGUCGCGGAGGGGUUCCAGGAUGCGAAAAUCCUCGCGAGAAAGUUCAUCACUUUGUACACGUUGUGCAAAGAGCUAUUGUCGAAGCAGGAUCACUACGAUUGGGGAUUGCGCGCGAUAAAGUCGGUCCUUGUGGUCGCCGGAAGUCUGAAGAGGGGGGAUCCGGGAAGGCCGGAGGAGCAGGUGUUGAUGAGAGCCCUUCGAGACUUCAACAUUCCCAAAGUGAUAUCCGACGAUCUGCCCGUGUUCAUGGGCCUGAUAGCCGAUUUGUUCCCCGCGUUGGACGUCCCGCGGAAACGAGACGCCGAGUUCGAGAAGAUGGUGAAGCAGGCCGCGGCGGAUCUCUCGCUUCAACCGGAGGACGGGUUCAUUCUGAAAGUGGUCCAACUGGAGGAACUGUUGGAGGUGAGGCAUUCGGUUUUCAUCGUGGGUAUCGCGGGAUCUGGCAAGACCCAGGUGUGGAAAUCGUUGUUCAGAACGUAUCAGAACAUGAAGAGGAAGCCGGUGUACAACGAUCUGAAUCCGAAGGCAGUGACCAACGACGAAUUGUUCGGGAUAAUCAACCCGGCGACCAGGGAGUGGAAGGACGGCCUGUUCUCGGUGAUAAUGAGAGAGCAGGCCAAUCUGGGCGGUGAGAAUCCAAAGUGGAUCGUGCUGGACGGCGACAUCGAUCCUAUGUGGAUCGAGUCAUUGAACACCGUGAUGGACGACAACAAAGUUUUGACUCUGGCGAGCAACGAGAGGAUAGCUCUGACGCCAGUUAUGAGGCUGCUCUUUGAGAUAUCCAAUUUGAGGACGGCCACGCCCGCCACCGUGUCCAGGGCAGGCAUCCUCUACAUAAAUCCCCAAGACCUGGGCUGGAAUCCUUACGUGACCAGCUGGGUGGAGAAAAGAACGUCCCCCAUAGAGAGGUCUAAUUUGGUAAUACUGUUCGACAAGUAUAUACCUCCUUGUUUGGAGACGUUGAGGAGCAGGUUUAAAAAGAUUACCCCGAUCGCGGAUAUGGCGCACGUGCAGAUGCUUUGCCAUCUUCUUCACUGCCUUCUGAAACCUGAAUUAACUUCCACCGACUUUUCGAAAGAGCACUACGAACUUUACUUCGUCUUCGCCGCCGUUUGGGCGUUCGGAUCUUCCAUGUUCCAAGACCAGUUGAUCGACUAUCGGCUAGAAUUCAGCAAAUGGUGGGUGAACGAGUUCAAGCAGAUCAAAUUCCCCUCCCAGGGGACCGUGUUCGAUUAUUACGUCGAUUCCGAGACGAAGAGCUUCGUUCCGUGGAUGCAACGCUUGCCAAAGUUCGAGUUGGAUCCAGAAAUGCCGCUCCAAGCCGUUCUCGUCUACACGGCGGAGUCUAUCAGAAUCAGAUACCUCUUGGACUUGCUGACGGCCGAGAAACAUCCGGUGAUGUUGGUCGGAACGGCCGGUUGCGGGAAAACCGUCCUCGUUGCCGAGAAACUCUCCCAAUUGCCCGAUAAUUACUCGGUCUCCAAUAUUCCAUUUAACUUCUACACCUCGUCGGAGAUGUUGCAAAAGAUCUUGGAGAAAUCGUUGGAGAAGAAGGCUGGCCGAAAUUACGGCCCCCCCGGGAACAAGACUCUCGUCUACUUCAUCGACGACAUGAAUAUGCCCGAGGUGGACCCCUACGGGACCGUCCAACCGCACACUUUGAUCCGCCAGCAUCUCGAUUACGGUCAUUGGUACGACAGAACCAAGCUCACCCUCAAGGAUAUUCACAAUUGUCAAUACAUCGCUUGCAUGAAUCCCACGGCUGGAUCAUUCACGAUUAAUCCCAGGCUGCAGAGACAUUUCUCCGUGUUCGCUGUCAGUUUUCCAAAUAUCGAGUCUCUAACGAUUAUUUAUUCGUCCAUUUUGAGGCAACAUUUGUCCAACAUCGAACACAGAUUUCCCAUUUGUGUGACCGAAUUGUGCAACAACAUCGUGCAAGCAUCGAUCCAGCUUCAUCAUCGCUGCGCUCAAAUGUUCCUUCCGACGGCGGUCAAGUUCCACUACAUCUUCAAUCUCCGCGACUUGUCGAACUGCUUCCAAGGAUUAUUGUUCAGCGGAAACGAGUGCCUCCAAUCUUCUACGGACUUGAUGAGACUCUGGUUCCACGAGACGCAAAGAGUUUACGGCGACAAACUGAUAGACGAGAAAGACAUAGAGAGUUUCUCCAAACUGCAACUGGACAUCCUGAAGAAGAACGUGGAGGAGAUAGACGAGAGCGCUAUUCUGGAGAAGCCCAACAUCUACUGUCACUUUGCAGGCGGAGUCGGGGAGCCGAAGUACAUGGCGGUGAAGGAUUGGCCGACCCUGCACCGAUUGUUGUCAGAGGCGAUGGUCAGUUACAACGAUCUCGUGGCGGCGAUGAAGCUUGUGCUGUUCGAGGACGCGAUGAUGCACGUGUGCCGGAUAAACAGGAUCCUGGAGUCGCCCAGGGGCAGCGCUCUCCUCGUCGGCGUAGGUGGUUCCGGCAAACAGAGUUUAUCGCGAUUGGCCGCGUUCAUAAGCUCGCUGGAGGUGUUCCAAAUCCAGUUGAAGAAGGGUUAUGGGAUCGCCGAUAUGAAGUCGGAGCUCGCCGCCCUCUACAACAAGUCGGGAUUGAAGAAUCUCGGCAUCGUGUUCCUGAUGACCGACGCCCAAGUGGCGAACGAGCAGUUCCUCGUACUGAUCAACGACAUGCUCGCUUCUGGCGAGGUUCCAGACCUCUUUGCCGAGGACGAGGUCGAGAAUAUAAUAGCAGGGGUGCGUAACGAGGUGAAGGGGGCCGGUAUGUUAGACACCCGCGAGAAUUGUUGGAAGUUCUUCAUCGACCGUGUUCGCCGCCAGCUUCGCACAGUUCUCUGCUUCUCCCCGGUCGGAUCCACUUUAAGGAUACGCUCGAGGAAAUUCCCCGCCAUAAUAAAUUGCACGGCGAUAAACUGGUUCCAUGAAUGGCCGCAAGAAGCUUUGAUGUCUGUGUCGAAGAGGUUUCUGCAGGAGUUGGACGAACUUCUGGAGACUUACAGGGAGCCGGCAGCGAAAUUCAUGGCCCACGCUCACACGAGCGUGAACGCGGCGAGCAGGCAUUAUUUGGCCAGCGAGAGGAGAUACAACUACACGACACCGAAAUCGUUCCUCGAGCAGAUCAGUUUGUACACGAGGCUGUUGAAAACGAAGGCGAGCGAGCUUCGCGGCCGGGUGGCGAGGCUCGAGAAUGGAUUGGAGAAGCUUCGCUCCACGGCCGUGCAGGUGGAUAAAUUGAAGGAGAAGCUGGCGAUGCAGGAGUUGGAGUUGCAGCAGAAGAACGAGGCGGCCGAUACUCUGAUCGCGAUCGUCGGCGUCGAGACGGACAAAGUGCAGAAGGAGAAGGCUAUAGCCGACGAGGAGGAGUCGAAGGUCGCCAUAAUAGCGGAGGAGGUGUCGAAAAAGCAGAAGGACUGCGAAAUGGAUUUGAUGAAGGCAGAGCCUGCCCUGUUGGCCGCCCAAGAGGCUCUGAACACCCUGAACAAGGCGAAUUUGACGGAAUUGAAGUCGUUCGGCUCGCCACCAGGGGCAGUAACGAACGUAACUGCCGCCGUGAUGGUCCUUCUGGCUCCGGCUGGCAAGAUACCCAAGGACAGGAGCUGGAAAUCCGCCAAGAUCAUGAUGGCCAAGGUCGACACGUUCCUCGACUCCCUGAUCAACUACGACAAGGAGAAUAUCCAUCCGGAAGUGAUCAAGGCGAUCCAGCCUUAUCUAAAGGACUCGGAAUUCGAGCCGGAGUUCGUGAGAUCGAAAUCGGCCGCGGCUGCCGGCCUCUGCGCGUGGGUGAUCAACAUCAUCAAGUUCUACGAGGUGUUCUGCGACGUGGAGCCGAAGAGGAAGGCGUUGGCGCAGGCGAACGCGGAAUUGGCCGCCGCGCAGGAGAAGCUGGCCGUGAUCAAACGGAAAGUUGCGUCGUUGGAGGAGCAAUUGGGGAAAUUGACGGCAGAUUUCGAGCAAGCCACGGCCGAGAAGGUGAAGUGUCAAGAAGAGGCAGACGCGACGAACGCCACUAUAGUUCUAGCCAACAGGCUGGUCGGUGGUUUGGCGUCGGAGAAUGUACGAUGGGCGGACUCCGUGGCCACUUUCAUGCAACAAGCGUCCACGUUGCCGGGCGACGUUCUUCUCGUCACGGCGUUCAUAUCCUACGUCGGUUGCUUCACCAAACAAUUUCGCAACGAUCUGUUGCACAAGCAAUGGCUACCGUUCUUGCGCGGCGUAGAGCCUACCAUUCCUAUCACCGAGGGAUUGGAUCCUUUGUCGUUACUGACGAACGACACUAGGAUAGCCAAGUGGAACAACGAAGGAUUGCCGAACGACAGAAUGUCGACGGAAAACGCCACCAUAUUGACGAACUCCGAUCGAUGGCCCCUGAUGAUCGAUCCUCAGCUCCAGGGUAUCAAAUGGAUCAAACAGAGGUACGGGGAGGAACUUCGCGUGAUCAGGCUGGGACAGAAGGGCUACUUGGACGUGAUCGAGCAAUGCCUUGCGACCGGGUCGACCGUCCUCGUGGAGAACAUCGGCGAAACGGUGGAUCCCGUGUUGGACCCGCUGUUGGGCAGGAACUUGAUCAAGAAGGGGCGGGCGAUCAAGAUCGGCGACAAGGAGGUCGAGUACAAUCCUCUGUUCAGAUUAUUAUUGCACACGAAGCUUGCUAAUCCCCAUUACAAGCCCGAGAUGCAGGCCCAAACUACCCUGAUUAAUUUCACGGUAACGAGGGACGGGCUCGAGGAUCAAUUACUCGCCGAGGUGGUGAAGGCCGAGCGGCCGGAUCUCGAGGAGUCGAAGGCCGAGCUCACCAGACAGCAGAACGAUUUCAAGAUCACGCUCAACAGUUUGGAAGAUUCCCUUUUGUCGAGAUUGUCGUCGGCCGGCAGCAACGUGUUGGAGGACACGUCGUUGGUGGAGAAUCUCGAGACGACGAAGAGGACGGCGGCGGAAAUCGAGUCGAAGGUGACGGAAGGCCGUGGCACGAGCCGUGAGAUCGACGCAGCCAGGGAAUUGUAUCGACCGGCGGCGGCCAGGGCGUCUCUCCUCUAUUUUAUCUUGAACGAUCUGAACACCAUCAAUCCAAUCUAUCAAUUUUCCCUGAAAGCUUUCAGCGUGGUGUUUCAAAAAGCCAUCUCGAGGGCGGACCCGGCCCCCGACGUGUCCGGGAGAGUGAAGAAUCUGAUCGAGUGCAUCACCUACUCCGUGUUCAUGUACACGAGCAGGGGAUUGUUCGAGUGCGACAAACUUAUCUUCGCCUCGCAGAUGGCGUUUCAGAUACUGCUCGCGAGGAACGAGGUGACCGCCACCGAGUUGGAUUUCCUCCUACGAUUCCCCAUCACCCCCCACCUCACCUCCCCCGUGGAUUUCCUUUCCAACACCAGUUGGGGCGGAAUCAGAAGUCUCGCCAAUAGAGAAGAAUUUCGCAAUUUGGACAGGGACAUAGAGACCUCGGCGAAGAGAUGGAAAAAGUUGGUGGAAUGCGAGUGUCCGGAGAGGGAGAAAUUCCCGCAGGAAUGGAAGAACAAGACGAUUAUACAACGUCUGUGCAUGCUGAGGGCGUUGAGGCCCGAUAGAAUGACCUACGCGAUCGCGGCGUUUAUCGAGGAAAAGCUCGGCCCGAGAUACGUGGAAGGUAGGACCGUCGAGUUCGCCAAAUCUUUCGAGGAAACCAGCCCCUCCACCCCUAUCUUCUUCAUCCUUUCGCCCGGCGUGAAUCCUCUCAAGGACGUGGAGGAUCUGGGACGUCGGAUGGGUUACACGUUGGACAAUCAAAAUUUCCACAACGUGUCGCUGGGCCAGGGGCAGGAAACGGUCGCGGAGCAAGCCAUGGACGUGGCCGCGAGAAACGGGCAUUGGGUGAUUUUGCAGAAUAUCCAUCUGGUGAAGAAGUGGUUACCUUUGUUGGAGAAAAAGUUGGAGGUAGCGGCGGACGGUUCCCACGAGAAUUACAGGGUGUUUAUGAGCGCCGAACCAGCCGGCACACCGGCAGGACACAUCAUCCCCCAAGGGAUCCUCGAGUCGUCCAUCAAGAUCACGAACGAGCCGCCCACGGGGAUGCAGGCGAAUCUUCACAAAGCUUUGGACAACUUUACCCAGGAAACGUUGGAGAUGUGCAGCAAGGAGGCGGAGUUCAAGGUGAUUCUAUUUUCCCUUUGCUACUUCCACGCGGUGGUCGCGGAGCGGAGGAAAUUCGGUCCUCAGGGUUGGAAUAAGAUCUACCCUUUCAACGUGGGCGAUCUCCACAUAAGCGUCAGCGUGCUGUACAAUUAUCUGGAGGCAACGUCCAAGGUGCCUUGGGAGGAUCUGAGGUAUCUUUUUGGGGAGAUCAUGUACGGAGGGCACAUAACCGACGAUUGGGACAGAAGGCUGUGCGUUUCUUACCUCGAAGAAUUGAUGCAACCCGAAUUGAUCGAUGGAGAAUUGAUGUUGGCGCCAGGUUUCCCAGCGCCGCCCAACACGGAUUUAGCCGGGUAUCACGCGUACAUAGACGAGGCGAUGCCCCCGGAAUCACCUUACCUGUACGGCUUGCAUCCAAACGCGGAAAUAGGUUUCCUGACCAUGACCGCGGAAAAUUUGUUCAGAACGGUGUUCGAGAUGCAACCGAGGGACGCGGCCAGUUCCGGCAGUCAAACGGUGACCAGAGAGGAAAAGGUGAAGCAAAUGUUGGACGAAAUAAUGGAGAAACUUCCGGAGGAGUUCAACAUGGCCGAGAUAAUGGGUAAAGUGGAGGAGAGGACGCCGUACGUGAUCGUGGCUUUCCAAGAGUGCGAGCGAAUGAAUCACUUGACCACGGAGAUAAAACGAUCGUUGCGCGAACUGGAUUUAGGUCUGAAGGGUGAAUUGACCAUCACCUCGGACAUGGAGGAUCUGGAGAACGCCCUGUUCCUCGACCAAGUGCCCCAAGUGUGGGCCAGCAGGGCUUAUCCAUCUUUGCUGGGCCUCGCCGCUUGGUUCGUCGACCUGUUGUUAAGAAUCCGAGAAUUGGAUACUUGGUCCACGGAUUUCGUGUUGCCACCAUCGGUAUGGUUAGCCGGAUUCUUCAAUCCUCAGUCGUUACUCACGGCUAUCAUGCAGUCGACAGCGAGAAGACACGAACUUCCCCUCGAUAAAAUGUGUUUGCAAUGCGACGUGACGAAGAAAAACAAAGAAGAAUUCACAGCUGCGCCCAGAGACGGCGCGUACAUCCACGGGAUCUUCAUGGAAGGGGCACGAUGGGAGGUGCAGUCGGGCAUCAUCGUCGAUUCCAAGUCGAAGGAAUUGUUCCCCCCCAUGCCUGUGAUCAACGUGAGAGCGAUCACCCAGGACAAACAGGAUCUGCGCAACAUGUACGAGUGCCCCGUUUACAAGACGAGGACUCGGGGGCCCACUUACGUGUGGACGUUCAAUCUGAAGACCAAGGACAAGCCAGCGAAAUGGACAUUGGCAGGCGUGGCUCUGCUCCUUCAAACUUAACGAAAACGUAUUGCCAGGGUAUAAAUCGAGUAUAAAAUAAAUGUAAUUCCAUUCCCAUAAUUGUAAAUCGUUAUUAAAUCUUCGUCCAACAAUGUCAACGAAAUUUUACAUAGCAA